GCCCGCUGCCGCACACAACUCCGCCGACGCCGACACGACGUCCUCUCUCCUUUCGCCUCCUCAUCCUCCUGCUUCCGAAAUCCUCAACUCAGAUUCGGAGCUACUGCCGCCGCCGCCUCCCCCGUUGUUGUUCCAAGCGCCCCCACAAAACCCCCGGCCGUGGCGGCGGCCGCGGCAGCGACGGGCUUCGGCGGCGGCACGCGGUGCAUGAGGAGGAGAAGAAGGGGAAGGCACGACUGCGGUGUCGCGAUCCGGAGCAGGAGCCGAUGGGGAAAGUGCGGCUGACCCGCGCCUGAGCGAUAGAGAUUGAGAGAUCCAGGGUUCGUGAGCGAGUGUGAAAAAGAAAGGUUAUACUGAAGACUUCAGCUGGUGGCGCCACCAAGAUGCAGACCAGCAAUUUUCGUAAGAAGAAUGCAGCAGAGGUGGAUUUCUUCAUGGGGUAUGGUGAUGUUAAUCGAUACGAAGUUCUGGAGGUCAUAGGAAAAGGAAGUUAUGGACUUGUAUGUUCUGCAAAUGAUAUACAUACUGGAGAAAAGGUUGCAAUAAAGAAGAUACACAACAUUUUUGAACAUAUAUCAGAUGCUGCACGCAUACUCCGUGAAAUCAAGCUUCUCAGGCUGCUUAGGCAUCCUGACAUAGUGGAAAUAAAGCAUAUUAUGCUACCCCCAUCCAAGAUGGAUUUCAGGGACAUAUAUGUUGUCUUUGAGCUUAUGGAAUCAGAUCUUCAUCAGGUCAUAAAGGCUAAUGAUGAUUUGACAAGAGAGCACUAUCAAUUUUUCCUGUAUCAGAUGCUCCGUGCUUUGAAAUAUAUCCAUACAGCAAAUGUUUAUCACAGAGAUCUGAAGCCAAAAAACAUACUUGCUAAUGCAAAUUGCAAACUCAAAAUAUGUGAUUUUGGCUUGGCAAGAGUUGCAUUCACUGAUGCUCCCACUACAGUCUUCUGGACCGAUUAUGUUGCAACGAGAUGGUAUAGAGCACCUGAACUGUGUGGUUCAUUUUAUUCCAAGUACACACCAGCUAUUGAUAUAUGGAGUAUAGGGUGCAUUUUUGCUGAGGUGUUGAUUGGAAAGCCACUAUUUCCUGGUAAAAAUGUUGUUCACCAGUUGGAUUUGAUAACUGAUCUUCUGGGAACACCCUCCUUAGAUGCUAUUUCUCAGGUGCGGAAUGACAAGGCAAGAAAAUAUCUGACAUGCAUGCGGAAGAAGCAGCCUGCAUCAUUUUCACAUAAAUUUCUGAAGGCUGAUCCAUUAGCAUUACAAUUGCUUAGGAAGCUUCUAGCUUUUGAUCCAAAGGACCGUCCAUCUGCUCAAGAGGCACUGGCAGAUCCGUACUUCAAUGGAUUAGCAAAGGUAGAGCGAGAACCAUCUUGUCAGCCAAUUCCAAAGAUGGAAUUUGAAUUUGAGCGUCGGAGAGCAACAAAGGAGGAUAUCAAGGAACUUAUUUUUCAAGAAAUAUUGGAGUACCAUCCUCAAUUAUUGAAAGAACACAUCAGUGGAACAGAAAGGCCAAAUUUUCAUCAUUUAAGUGUGGUUGACCAAUUCAGAAAGCAAUUUACUCAAGUUGAGGAAAAUCUGAAUGGAAGUGGGGCUGCUGUUUCGCUACAGAGGAAACAUUCUUCUUUGCCAAGGUCAACAAUAGUGCACUCUGCUGCAAUUCCUGCAAAGGAUUAUAAACAUGUGGCCUCAUCUAGUACAAAGCUUGCAGUAGAUGGAUCUUGGAAUGCACAGAUUCAGGGAGUACAUGCAAAUAUAGCUGGCGAGCCUUCAACUAUCGUUAGACCUGCAGUGUCCUCGGAAAGAAGCUUAGCGCCUACACUUCAAUGGCAACCAAAUAUGACGCAUUUUCUGAAUCAUGCAUUGUGUUACCAGAACACAGUAUUUAGCGGGUCACUUCUUGAUGCAACAGGCCCAGCCCAAGCCAUUCCUCGAACUACUCCAUAUGUAGACUACAGGUCCGGGAACUUGGACCUCUAUCAGCAUCAUGUUUCUAGAGAGGAUGUACAAAGUGACACAGCCACUGCACAAGCACACGCUGCUUCUCAUGGCCCGGUUCCAGCUGUGUCUUACAGUCUUCCAGGGACGUAUAGAAUCACCUAGACCUAUCAGUCGUUCAAUCAUGGAGGUCUUCCUUUUUCUUUUUUUUUCACCCAUCAUAAACUGAUUGAUUACCAACAUGCAAUAAAAAAGGCAGAGGAACUAGAUAUGCAUGUUCUUUUCUUUCUGGGACUUAGACAUGCCAUUAUGCUUUGCCAGUUCGGAAUCAAAAGCCUUCAAAUGUAUGCAGUUUCCUAGUUACUGCCUUACUUGUUGCA